UGCCAUAAACAAAACAAGAUGGGUUCUGCUAAAGAAGUAAAAGAAGUCGAUAAAUUUUUAUCUAAAGUCGAUGAAAUUGAUUCCAUUAUAAAAGGUUUAAAUGCUAAAGAUGAAGCUGAUCAACAAGAUGCCUCACAUAGAGCUGAUGAUUAUCUCCAGAAACAUCAGAAGAGAAGGGAAGAAAAAGAGGAAAGAGGAUUUAAUAGAACGGUUAUUAAUACACUGCCUUCAGUACAAGCCCCACCAGGCCCUGUUGGUCUAGCAGAUAAUAUUGAUCAAGCUGGUUUUAUGGCUGUGAUGGAGAAAGAUGCCCAGGAAAGAGCAGAAAGACGUCAAGUCAACCAGAAAGAAGCAGACAGACUCAAGUUAUUGGGAAAUACAGAAUUUAAAAAUGGAAAUUAUGAAAAAGCUUUGGAUUAUUACAAUCAGGCAAUGGAUAAAAUACGAGAUAAUCAAGCUAUUUAUACGAACCGAGCUCAAACUAAAAUAAAACUAGGAAUGUAUACAGAAGCUAUAACAGAUUGUGACUGGGCAUUACGGAUCUCUAGUGAUUGUUUAAAGGCCCAUGUUCAUAUGGGUAGAGCCUAUCUUGGUUUAAAGAACUUCAUCAAGGCUAGAGAAUGUUUUCAACAAAUUUUAACAGUUGACCCUAAAAAAUCUAAAAUGGUGGAAGAUUAUUUGGCUGAUGUUAAUCACGAGGAGAUGAAAGAACAACAGACAGAGAAAGUUAAAGAAUUGUUUGAAUCAGGAAAUAAAGAAAUCACAAAUCUUGUAGAAUUACUGGAGAAAAUCAACAAACCUGAUCAACUUCCACUUUAUUACAGUGGAGGAUUCAGAGUUAUCUCCUCUAUAAUGACAAAUGAGAAUGAUAAAAGUAUAUUUCGAAGUAAAGGUGGAAUAGAUCUAAUAUACAAACAUCCAACACUCCAUAGGUGUUUAACAGCCUCACCAUUAAGUUUAAAUCGUGAAGAAUUGGAUGUUUUAGAUGCAGCUAUCAACAUGUAUAUUGUAGUCUGUACAGAUAAUGAUUUUAACAAAGAAGAAAUCAUGAAAUCAACAGUUUUUAUUGAUGGUGUAACUCAGUUUUUACAAGCUAAGGUGAAAGGUCAGAGUCAAGGUCAUAUUAUAAAGUCAUUGUGUAUACAGUUGUUACACGUUUUAUCAACCAGUAAAAUAAGUCGAUCUCUAAUAGUUACAAGAUUUGAUCUAUCCAGGUUAUUAACCAGUAUAUUUCAUCAGAUUAAAACCAACACAACAACAGCCAAAAUAUCAGCAGCUUUAUUAAAUAAUCUGGCUCUAGAUAAUAAGUUUAAAACAGCUAUUAGAGAUACUAUAGAUGAUCAGGUUCUUCCAUCAUUUGAAUCACUUGUGAAAGAUAAUUCAUGUCAGCAAUGUGUUCUACCAACCUGUUUAUCUUUUAUGACCAAUCUAACAGCUGAUGAUGUCAUACGUAAAAAACUCUCAACUAGGGCUCACCUCUGGGAGACCUGUCUUCAAAUUUUAGAGACCCACAAAACCAACCUAACAGAUGAAAUAUGUGUGGAGAUUUUAUCAGCUUGUGUUGGACUGUUGUGUAAUUUAUCUAAAGGUGAUUCUAGUGAACUUGUCAAAUUCUCCCAACCUAUCUGUCACCAUUGUUUAACUUACGUACAAUCAGAAGAACUCAACUCCACUCUACGAGUUUACUCUUUAAAACUGCUGAGUCAUAUUUUACCCAAGUCACCCGAUGCUGUUAAUUGGUUGUGUGAUCAUGAUGCACCAUCGUUAUUUAUGAAGUUUAUCAAGGGUAAUGAUAAUGAUAUGAUAAAAACAAGUAUAAAAUGUUUAACUGCAUGUACACAGAUUAAUGUUAAAGCUCAACAAUAUGUGGUUCUACAAAAAGGUUUAGGAUAUUUGGUGAAACUGUUGAAUCAUGAGGAUGAACUGGUGAAAGGAAACACAGCUUUAUGUUUAUGUCAUUGUCUACAAGUUGAUAAAGCUGGUGCUGCCUUGGCAAAAACAGAUAUUGUUAAAGAUCUGUUGGUAUUAGCUCGUGAUGGUAAUAAUUCAGAUGUGAGACAAAACUGUGCAAUAUUACUGGGAAAAUUAGCUCAAAGUGAUCAAAGACAUUUAGAGAGAUUACGAGAGUUACAUGGUAUUGAGAUAUUAAAUGACUGUAUGAAGUUUAUCAAGUAAAGAUUGAACAAACCACAUUCCAAUGGCAGCUACGGAAUUACUAAGUUAAAGAUAUAUUGAUCAAUAUAAGAUUCAGUGGAGACAAGACAGACUCUUUACAAAAGGAAUUUAUUUUAUUGAACUGUAAUGGUAUUUUUAUGGGUAUUCUCGAUACAUUUUUCUUGGGCUUGUCUGGAUAAUUGUUUAUAAAUUUAGUACUACACAGGCAAUCUUUUCAUUUAACAAUCUGAUCAGAGCAACAUCUUCACAUAUACAUCUGAUAAAGGUAUUCUUAAGGGAUACUUGACCGAUUGUACGUGAGUUGAAUUAUCUCAUUCCCCGGAAAGAUGUCAAUCAGGUUUUAUGUAGGACUAGAAAGAGAAGUUGUCUCUGUAUUUUUGUCCAUUUUUUAUUGGGAUACAUGUCUGUUUAAUUAUAUUUAUCGAUACUUGUCUUCAAUAUAAUUUAAAGUGACUUAAUAUUUGUUUCAUUUACGUUAAAACCAAGUUUCUGUUUUAUUUCAUGUGCUGUGUUAUUUUAAUUCUAACUAUAGAAUAUAACAAGUCUCCUUGUCAUUAAACUUCCAUGUCAUCAAGUCGGAGAAAUUCAUAUUGUUAUUAUGCAUCAUUUUAUUUAUUUUUUUAUCAUAACUCUUUAUCACAUUGAACUAUGUAAAUAUUGAUGACUCUAGUUCCCUGAAAAUAUUACAGAUAUAUGGUCUUUUUAUAUUGAGUUUUGUGGCUAACAUUUUAAAUACCAAAAACAACUACGGUCCUAACCACUUUAAACAACCAAAACAACUGUGGCCCUGACUGCUUCAAACAGCAAAACUACUGUGGCCUUGACCACUUCAAACAGCAGAACUAGUGUGUAUUUAAAUAGUUCACAGCUAUGGACUUGAAUCAGGUGGUUUUAGAAGGAGCUUCAAUUUCUAUCACUUUCUGGCAGUCCAAGGGUUAGAUACUGUAUAGAGAUUUAAGAAUAAUUUAACCCAUGGUUUGAAUCAUAUUGAUACAAUAUAAUAAUGAUAAUAAUAUCGUAAUUUAUAAAGCGUGUUAAUACAUAUCAGGCUUCAUUAAUUUAACCCAUGGUUUCUAUCAUAUUGAUACAAUAUCUUGUCACUUUAAGCUUUAUUAAUUUAUUAAAAGAAUUGUUGAUAAUAUUAAUCUCAUUAAAGUAUUACUGAAAUAAUU